AUGAUCAAGCUAGCUGCUAUCACAUCUCAUAACUCAGACUUAGCAUCGUAUGCCUCUUCUUAUUCCAUGGCUGAAAAAAAUCUAUCUAAUCAAAAGACUCAAUUGUUAGCUGGUGCAAGUCCAAGUCCAAGUCCUCAUCACCAAAACUCCAAUGACAGAGCUUCAACCAAUAACUCUGAUACUGAAGAUCAAACAAAGCCAAAGAAGAUUCGUUUACCAUCAAUCUCUUCUAUAGCAUCUUCUUUACAACAUCCAAUUUCCCACAAUGAAGCUCCAAGACCUCAACUACAAACUACUCCACAACAAACUUCAAAUGUUCAGCAAAGUCCGCCUUCAUUUACUUACAAUCAAAGAGCCCAUUCAGACCCUGAAUUAAAUAAGCUACGUCUUGCUGCUGAUAUAUUUACUAAAGAACAACAAAAUCAAGAGCAAAAGAAAUCCAAUGUUUCUUCUCCAAUUGUUCAACACCAACAACCUACAUUAUAUCAAAUACCACCACAGCCAAUUCCUCAAUAUCAACAAGUGCCUGCUUAUCCACAACAGUUUCAUCAACUUCCGCCUCCUCCACAAGGUCCUCAACCAACAGGAUUCCCACAACAUCAUCAAUUCCCUCCACAACAACAACCAAUUACACCAUCUUAUUACAUUGCUGCUACACAUUCUGUUGAGCCAUAUCCUCAUUAUACCACUACUCCUCAGCAUCAUUUACAACAUCAAAUUAAACCAAAAAGAAAUUAUACUCGCCGUUUAUCCAAGAUUCAACAAGAGAAUAAGUUGAAACCUCAAUUAUUUUGUCAACGUUGUGGUAUAACUGAAACACCAGAAUGGAGAAAAGGACCAAAUGGUGCAAGAACUCUUUGUAAUGCUUGUGGUUUAUUCCAUGCUAAGAUUUUGAAAAGAGAUGGACCAGAAGCUGCUGCAAAUGCUAUAAAUUCUAAUAAAAUUAUCAAAAAGAAUCAUUUCAAAAGAAGAAGUUCUGUUAAUGAUACACAGUUAUUGCAUACAUAUCAACACCAUCAGCAAGCUAUUCCAAAUCAAAUUCCAACUCAUCAACCUCAUCCAGCUUCUAUCCCAUUUGGUCAUCCACAACAAGUUCAAUUAUUACCACCACCAAACCAAAUUUUCCAUCAACAACCAGGUCCUGCUCCAAUUUCUCAACAAUUACCACCUCAUCCUCAUCAACAUCAACAACUCACACCAAACCAACCACCUCAAAGAGUCAUCUCUCUACCACCAGGUGCUCAACCAAUAAUGAAUCCACAAGGUAUCGCAACAGGAUUCAUCUCACACCCAAGCUCUGGUGCUCCAACUCCUGUUCAACAAAUUCCACAUCACCAUCCUCAACAACAUUUACAACCAACAUCUCAACAACAGCAACAACAAAAUGGUGUUAUAUUAUCACCAAUCUCACCACCAGUUCACGAACAAAAUCGUUGA